AUGGCCGCCACUACACGAAACUCGACGUCGAGCGCCCACGUCGGCCGCCUGAGCCGCACCAAGGUGUUCCAGAAAAAGGCUGCGUACAAGAAGACGGACCGCAAGGUUGCUCCCGCGCAAAAGGCCGACGACAGCCGGGCUACCAAGUCGGUUGACAUCAAGGGUGGCAAGCGCUCCAAGCCCGUCAUCAAGGCUUCGCGCUACUACCCCGCUGAGGACGUGGCCGUGCCAAAGAAGAGCAGGAAGAGCCCCAAGCCGGCUGCGCUCCGACCUUCGAUCACGCCCGGCACCGUGCUGAUCCUCCUGGCCGGACGCUUCCGUGGCAAGCGUGUCGUCUUCCUCAAGCAGCUCGAGAGCGGUCUCCUGCUCGUUACCGGUCCCUUCAAGGUCAACGGUGUGCCCAUCCGCCGGGUCAACCAGGCCUACGUCAUUGCCACGAGCACCAAGAUUGACGUCUCUGGUGUCAAGGUUGAUGACAAGAUCAACGAUGCCUACUUCAACCGCGAGAAGGUUGCCGGCGCCAAGCCCGAGGCAUCGUUCUUUGCCGACCCCAAGAACAAGGCGGCACACCCAGAGGCCAAGGUUGCUGACCAGAAGGCCCUCGACAAGGCCGUCAUCGAGGCCGUCAAGAAGGCUGGCCCCAACAUGGCGAAGUACCUCGCUGCGUCGUUCAGCCUGACCAACGGCCAGAAGCCUCACGCCAUGCGCUUCUAA